AUGCUCACAGUCACUUCCAACCCUGAAGUUCGCGCGGGUACCGAUGCUAGGAUUAGGGAGGCGGAGCGCUCGCUCUCCUAUUUCGAAGACACCCUGCGGGAGCUGCAGUCUCGCAAGUUGAUGCAAGCCCAGCGCGAUGAUCAGUCGCGAUCAGGCAGUCCCGGUCCUGGUCAGGGCGGCGCGUCGUACGGUCAACGCGCUGGCCGUUCAUCCGAUAACAAUCGUGCCCCGUCCUCACCGCUGCCGGAUGGUUCGCGUCGUGGCGCACAAAGCCCGCAGUCCCCUGACCUGCGUAAAUCUGGUGGCAGCCUGCCUGACGAUGACACACCUGGUGCUUCAAAGCCCAAAAUGUACACCAAACUUGACUUGAUCAAGGCGGACACUCCCCAUACGACGGCCAAAAUAUCAAGCAUGCUGCAUGAGCUCGAAUUUAAACUACAGGUGGAGAUGCAACUGAAGAAAGGCAUUGACAAGAUGGCCAAGCUGUUCCAGGCCGAUGGCGACAAACGGUCGCGAGCGGACGCUGAGAGCAAGAAGAUAGAAAGUGAGCGAAAGAUACAUCUACUACAGACGGCUCUCAAGCGCUACAAAAAUCUACAUAUUUUGGACGAUGCGUUGGAGGAGGAGGAUACAGGUGCUGUGGGCCCUGGUGUAGAGGGUGAGCGCAAGGAGAACUUGCGUUCCAAGAACCUGUCUGGGAAGCUACAAGUGACCCUCAAGGGUGCUCGAGAACUUGAACACGCUCCCAGAUACCGUUUCUCAUCUGCUAAGCAGUGCGAAACCUACGUUUCGUUCAAGGUGGAAGGGACGGAGCGCGAUCGUUCCCAUCCCUCCAAGACCGAUCGCUGGAUGGAAGACUUCGAGAUCACGAUUGAGAAAGCGAACGAAGUCGAAAUCACAGUCUAUGACAAACAAGUCGGCGAGUCAUACCCUAUCCCGAUCGGUCUCCUGUGGAUCAAGAUCUCCGACCUCGUUGAUGCCCAGAGGAAGCAGAAGGUCUUGAUGGAGAGCGGUCAAGGCGGCUGGGUUACCGCUGGAGCAAUGAACGGCGACGGUACAGCCAUGGGGUCGCAUGGUAAUGACAUGAAUGCUCCUGUCGGUUUCGGGCCAAACGCUUCUAUCCAGCCCUCGUCCUCUGUACCUUCCAUGAGUCAAUCGGAGGGUAUUGACGCCUGGUUUGUGGUUGAGCCUGCAGGCGCGCUUGCCUUGCGCUUAAAUUUCGUCAAGGAGAACGUUCGCAAACGCCCUUUGGAUGCCCCGGGCGGUCUCGGCCGUCAAGGUGCUCUUCGCAAGCGUAGAGAUGAGGUGCACGAGAUGAAUGGACACAAAUUCGUCCAACGUCAGUUCUACCAGAUCAUUCUCUGCGCUUUCUGCAACGAAUUCUUACUGAACGCCGUCGGAUAUCAAUGCGAGGAUUGCCGGUAUACUUGUCACAAGAAGUGCUACGAGAAGGUUGUAACGAAAUGUAUUUCUAAAUCGAAUACUGGCGACGACGAUGCAGAAAAAAUCAACCAUCGUAUCCCGCAUCGGUUCGAACCAAUCACCAAUAUCGGUGCAAAUUGGUGUUGUCAUUGUGGCUAUAUGCUUCCUUUAGGCCGCAAGAAUGCUCGCCGAUGCACUGAGUGUGGCAUCACCUGUCACGCAAAUUGCGCCCAUCUUGUCCCUGACUUCUGUGGCAUGUCCAUGGAGACUGCUAACCAGCUCCUCCGUGACUGGCGCGAUAUCAACAAGGCGAGAGGAGGCAAAACGACCACCCAGUCGCGUCAGACAACGCAGUACACUCAACUGCCUCGCUCUCCGAUGCCUCCGGAGCCUCCCCUGGAUCAGCUGACUGGCGACAUGGAUCGCAUGAAAGUUGCCGAGCCACCGCUUCCCCAGAAGGACGUCUCGUAUGGUCGUCCACAAAUGCAAACCCCUCCUCCUGAAAGCCUGGAUCAGCGUAUGGCCCAGCCUCCAUCAGCCGCCUACCCCGCCCAACCACCACGACAGGCCACUGCAGGUCGGACACCUGGAUACCCCUCCGAGCCCAUACAACCAGGGCGCCCCGGACCAGGCGGAUACGAAGCGCAGGACGCAUAUGGGCUCAACCGUCUCAACAGCUUGCCGCCCACUCCAGUGCAGCGUGCGCCCGCGCGUCAGCGCAAAGUUGGUCUCGAUGAUUUUAACUUCCUCGCUGUGCUCGGGAAGGGUAACUUCGGUAAGGUCAUGCUGGCGGAGGAGAAGAAGACAGGUAGCCUGUAUGCUAUCAAGGUGUUGAAGAAAGAGUUCAUCAUUGACAACGAUGAGGUUGAAAGCACCCGUUCUGAGAAACGAGUAUUCUUGGCCGCUGCCAGGGAGCGACACCCAUUCCUCCUUGGUCUUCAUUCAUGUUUCCAGACGGAGACCCGCGUGUACUUCGUUAUGGAGUACGUCAGCGGAGGCGAUCUCAUGCUUCACAUUCAGCGCAAGCAGUUCUCUCUACGGCAGGCGAAGUUUUAUGCGUCGGAAGUUCUCCUAGCGCUCGAGUACUUUCACGCCAAUGGCAUCAUCUACCGGGAUCUUAAGCUGGACAACAUUCUCCUAACGACGGACGGACACGUCAAGGUAGCUGAUUAUGGUCUCUGCAAGGAAGAUAUGCCCUACGGUUCAACCACGAGCACAUUCUGUGGGACGCCGGAAUUCAUGGCUCCCGAGAUUCUCUUGGAGCAACGAUACGGCCGCGCAGUCGACUGGUGGGCAUUUGGCGUUCUCAUGUAUGAGAUGCUCCUUGGCCAAUCGCCAUUCCGCGGAGAUGACGAAGACGAAAUCUUUGACGCCAUCCUGGAAGAUGAACCCCUGUACCCGAUUACAAUGCCCCGCGAUGCUGUCUCGGUCCUUCAGAAGCUCCUAACCCGCGAUCCCAAACGGCGACUUGGCUCUGGCGAAGCAGAUGCUGAGGAGAUCAAACGCCAUCCUUUCUUCAAGGAUGUAAACUGGGAUGAUGUGCACAACAAACGCAUUCAACCGCCUUACUUCCCCACCAUUAAUGGCACUGCUGAUACUAGCAACUUCGAUGAAGAGUUCACUCGUGAGCAGCCGACAUUGACGCCUGUGCACACCCAGCUGUCUACUCGCGACCAGGCUGAGUUUAACGGUUUCUCUUGGGUCGCAAGCUGGGCAGACGUAUGAUAGCGAUGCCAUUCUUGUACAUAAUUAUUCCGUUUACCAUUUGCUGCAUUCUGUCUCCCUGUACUUGGAUACCUGUUAUGUGCAUGACAAUUUCAUAUCA